AUGAAGAUCCCCGAUUUGUGGGAUGCAAUCAGCGGUGUUAGUGUCACUUACAACAUCGACGGCGGCGUCCUCGGCGUGGACUACCGGACCAGCACCGGUGAGUUUAACAUUAGAUCGUAUUCUUGGCGUGGAAAUUGGGGGACGCCCACUAAUGAGAUUAUUCCGGAAACUGAGGAACCUACAAAUGAAGUGAAGAUUGUCGAAACUGAAAAGGAACCGGGGAAAGAAGAUGCUGGUGAUGCUAACAAGGAUGCUCCUGCUAAUGAACAGGAAGAAGCCGAGCCCGAGGAGAAGGAGAUGACAUUGGAGGAGUAUGAGAAGGUACUUGAAGAGAAAAGAAAGGCUUUAGUUGCUCUGAAAGUUGAGGAAAGAAAGGUCCACUUGGACAACGAGCUUGAAUCAAUGCAACUUCUAUCCAACAAGAAGAACGAUGAUAAAGUGUUUAUUAAAUUGGGAUCUGAUAAGGAUAAGUGCAAAGAGGCAGCUGAGAAGGCAAAAAAGGUAAUCUUUGUCCUUAAAGUCUAA